CCCAGAGUGCAUCACUGCCCACAAUGACUGUCCGCCAUGUUGCGAUAACCUUAAUGUUCCUGGUGGAAACGAAAUAGUUAGCUACAUAGUAUCUUGUCUGAUCAGUUUUGAGAAACAUAACUCAAUGCAGUCAACGUUUAUUUAAAGGUUCUUGUGCAUUCAAGACAUUUCCUCUGUUAUGGCUUCCAGUGUCCAAGAUGAUGAGUUUGAUGAGUAUGACAAGCCGGGCGCCGAGAGGUCGCGCAGAAGAAGAGGAGAGGAGGAUCUGGACAGUGAUUUGGAAGGCGACUUACUUGAAGAGGACUGGCUUACAGCCAGAAAGAACCCCUCUGAUGCCUCCGAUGAAGAGCUAAACGAUGACCUUCUGCAGAGUGACGAGGACGAAGAAAAUAUCGGUGGACAGGCUGUAUCUCUAAGCCUCAACGCCACUGCUGGACUGAGCUCCUCCUUUGGCCUCAGCGAGGAGCCCCUGGAGGACCCAGACUACUCAGGGGCCCACCAGGGCCUGGGGGAGGAGGACUACGAAGGGGGGGACGGGGCGGAGGGGUACGCGGAAGAGGGGUACGCGGAUCACUACGGCGACCACAGCGCCGGGCUGGCGGAGGACCAGGCGGAGUACGUGGGGGAGCAGGCCGAGGACGGGAUCUACCAGGACGAGGUGUUGGACAUCGGAAUCGAUGAACCUUUAGAUGACGAAUUUCAGGUGGAUGAGUACUCCGCAGGAUACAGCAGUGAGCAGCUUGAGGUGCAGGUGGAGGUGCAGGAUGUACCAGAGAGCGAGGAGGCCGCAGACUCCUCCCACUUCAUGGAGGCUGAAGAGAUGGAGAAUGAAACUGAGCAAGAGGAAGACCUCAAGGAGGAAUCUGACGAAGAGGACGACGAAGACGAAGAGUCGGGUCGGCUGCGCUUUAAAACGGAGCGAAAAGACGUCACGGUCGUGCGGCUGUCGGACGCGACCAGCAAGAGGAGGGACAUUCCGGAAACGUUAGAGCUCUCUGAGGAGGCCAAAGCUCACCUCGCCGAGUUCGAGGAGAAGGAGCGGCAGCGGAGGCAGGGCCGCUUCGGAGGGAGAGGGAGAGGAGGACGAGGAGGGAGAGGAGGACGAGGGGGCUUCUCAGGCUUCGGCAUGCCGGACUUCAGGUGCGACGGCGGAGGGAGAGGGCGGAUGAACGAACAGAGACCCCCACUCAUGCCAGUGCAGAUGGGCAUGCAGUCCCAGUCCAGGAUGCAGCCGCAGCGCCACCAGCAGCAGUACCAGCCGCCGCCGCGGGGGCCCUUCCACGAGCAGGGCCUGCAGCGGCCCCCGCCCCAGCCCCUCAUCCCCCACCACCUGUCCCACCGCUCGCCCCCCAUGCACGGCGCGCCGCUGCGCCCCCAGAUGGACCCGCCCCGCCUCCUCAGCCCCCCGCCGGCCGCCCUGUCCCCCCAGCAGCCCAAAAACAUCCACAUCAACCCCCACUUCAGAGGCCCCGCCUCCUCCCCUGCACAAGUGCCCUUGAUGCCAGUGCAGAACCAGCCCAGACCUGCUGCGGGUCCCCUGAGAUUCCCGGGACCGGCAGACUUUCAGCAGCAGCAGCAGCAGCAGCAGCACAUGCCCGGAAACUUCAGCCAAACCCCGAGACCCCACCACCCCGAGCCCUGGAGGGGGCCCCCGCCCCCGCCCCCUCAGGAGCGGGAGCCUUUCUUCAUCGGCGAGCCGAGGUUCCCAGGACAGCAUAUGUUUGAUCAACAGAGCCCCGCUCCGCUCAUGAAUAAUAACCACCCCCAUCCUGGCCUCAAUCCCAUGGCUUUCAACCAAUCGGGGCCCGGCUUCAACCAGCAAGGGCCGCAGCCCAUGUUCCAGCGCGAGCCCAUGAGGGCCAACCUCCCGCCCCCGGGGCCCCAGGGGCCCCUGGGCAUGCCCAACCUGGGCCAGCACGGCCCGCCCAACCCCCGCCACUUCCUGCCCCAGCGGCCGCAGUUCCCCCAGCCCGGGCCGCCCCUCCCGCACCAGCACAUGCAGUACGGCAUGCAGGUACGCCCCAGAGGGCUGAUGCACCCUCCACACCAGCAAUCCCAUCAGCACGAGCCGCACGGCCCCCCCCAGCAGCAGCAGCACCCCCCCCAGCAGCGCCACGACCUGCCCCUGCAGCCCCCGCACCUGCAGCAGCACCACCACAUGCACCCCGGCGGGGACCCGCGGCCCAUCAUGCACCAGGGCCAGCAGCCCCCCUUCCGCCCGCAGAUGCACGCCAUCCAGCCGCAGGGCCACGCCCACCCCCGCAUGCAUCAGCAGCAGCACCCCCAGCCCCGCGCCAAUCCCAUCAGGCCCAGAAUGGUGAGCAAAGCCUGGCGGAACCUUCCGGACCUUUAUCCUCUCUGCCUGUGGAGCCGCGCUCCCGCUCAACUCCCCUCCCCCAUGCUGAAGCCAUCCCUGCAGCAGAUGCAGGGCCCCCCCCAGCGCAACAGCAACCUGCGGGAGCUCCCCGUGGCCCCGCCCAGCCCGGGCUUCGGCAGCCCCCGCCCCGCCACCACGCCCGCCGCGCAGGUGCGGCCCAUCGCCAGGGCCCAGCCCGCCGCCAGGCUUCCGGAGAGGACCGUGGUCCAGAAGGUGAAGAAGGAGGCCCCGGUUCCCCAGCCCGAGCCUCCACAGAAGCCGCAGCCGGAGGAUCCAGAUGAGGAUGAGGAGACCAGGCUGUACAGGCUGAAGAUUGAGGAGCAGAAGAGGCUGAGGGAGGAGAUCCUGAAGCGGAAGGAGCUGAGGAGGCAGAUGCAGGCCGGCAUGAGGAAGAGGGAGCUGCUGGAGAGACUGUCCAGCCAGCAGCAACAGCAGCAGCAAGAACAGCAACAGCAGCAGCAGCAGCAGCAGCAGCAGCAACAACAACAGCAACAACAGCAACAACAGCAACAGCAACAACAGCAGCAACAGCAACAACAGCAGCACCAACAGCAGCAGCAGCAACAACACCAGCAACAUCAGCAACAACUACAGCCCCCAGACUCCAUUGCGCCUUUCAACGGCACCGGCAUGCCUGGCCCGCCCACCCCUUCCCCCGUCCCCGCCCUCAACCCCACCCCGAGCCCAGCCAACCCUCGGCAGAACGUCAAGACCCGCCUGCAGAUGGGCAGGCCCCAGGGCCAGGGCUUCCCCGGGGGGCCCCAGCAGAGUGUCCGGCCCCUGCACCCGGGCCCCGGGGCCCAGGCCCAGUGGCAGCAGAAGAAGGCCAUGAACCGGCAAGCCCCCAACAGGCCGGGGCCCCAGUUCCCGACCCCCCAGGACCAGGGCAGGCCGGCGGUGCUGGCGGCCGUGCCGGGGGCGGGGCAGGGCCUGGGGGCGGGGCAGAGCCUGGGGGCGGAGCCGAAGACCGGCGUGAAGCGGACGGUCAUGCAGCGGAGCAACAGCAGCGGGGCGGACGCCACGCAGGUCCCUCAGAAAGUGCGGGUGGUCAAGCUGCUGGGAGGGGGCUCGGAGGCCGCCGAUGGGCCCAGCUCCGUACCUCCUCCGCAGCAGCAGAGGAUCCAGCAGGUUCCCCGGCAACCCCCGCCGCUCCGACAGGCCCCAAUCAGGAAGGUCACCAUGGGAACCGCCCCCCUGCAGCAGCUCCAGGCACCCAAGCCCAACCUGCAGCAGCUCGUGCCUCACGCAGGGAGGGGUGGCAUGGGCCCCCCCCAGCAGAACAGGGUGGUGGUGCAGGGCCGGGGCCGGGCGGGAGCGCUCCAGAUGGGCAGGGGCCGCGGCGCCGCCGGCAGGCAGAGCCCCUGCACCGUGUCCAUCGAGGGCCUCUCGUCGUCCACCACCGACGUCCAGCUCAAGAACCUGCUCAAGUCCAUCGGGCCCAUUCAGAUGUUCAAAAUGUUGCCGCAGCAGAGGAAAGCCGUCGCCAAAUUCGUCCACCCCCAGCACGCCUCCAGCUUCCAGCAGAGCUUCCACAGGCACAUGAUAGACCUGUCGCACAUCGAUGUUUCUCUGAUCGAUGGCUGAGCCCGCGCCGAGGACGCCCGCAGGCAGAGGUCGGGGAGAAGCGUCGAGGACCCCGACGGGAGUGCCGCCUCCACGCUGGCCGACGCCCACCUGCCGGCUUCCUGUCGGGACGGCCCGGGGGAAGGAUGGCGUUUUGGGCG